GUGACCGGGACGCGCCCGCCACCGGCGCCUCCGGCCCCGGGAGCGCCUCUGCGCCCCGGAGCGCCUUCGGCCCGGCCCGGCCCGGCAUGGCGGACUCGCACGGGGGGCGGCCGGCGCGGUGCUCCGCCCGGGCUGCCAGCGGCAGCGCCUGCUCCUGGGCGCUGCCCACGGCACUGCUCUGCGCCUACGGCUUCUUCUGCAACGUGCGGCCGUCGGAGCCCUUCCUCACCCGGUACCUCUUGGGGCCGCACAAGAACCUUUCCGAGACGCAGGUGUUCAACGAGAUUUACCCGGUGUGGACUUACUCCUACCUGGCGCUGCUCUUCCCCGUGUUCCUGGCCACGGACUACCUGCGGUACAAGCCUGUGGUCCUGCUGCAGGGCCUGAGCCUCAUCGUCACCUGGUUCAUGCUGCUGUACGCCCAGGGGCUGUGGGCUUUCCAGUUCCUUGAGUUCUUCUACGGGAUGGGGACUGCCACCGACAUCGCCUAUUAUUCCUACAUCUACAGUGUCGUCGAUAUCAACCUGUACCAGCAGGUCACCAGCUACUGCCGAAGUGCCACCCUGGUGGGCUACACAGUGGGCUCGGUGUCUGGGCAGGUCCUUGUGUCAGUGGCGGGAUGGUCCCUCUUCAGCUUGAACGUUGUCUCCUUAACCAGCAUAUCCAUUGCCUUUGCCACGGCGUGGUUCCUGCCCAUGCCACGAAAAAGCCUUUUCUUUCACCACCUCUCAAGUCAGCGGCUUAAUUUUGAAAUGAAGGUCAUGGACUGUAAAAAUGGAGUGGCUGUCCAAGAUCAUCCUGAUGUGCAGAGGGCACCUGGCUGGGAGGAUGAGACAAAAGUUCCCUUAAAUGGGGAGGGUCAUUCAGCGGAGAAACAGAAGCAGAAAGUAGACAUCGCAAAGGUGCUUAAAGACCUCUGGCAAGACUUCCUGCAGUGCUACUCCUCUAGGACCAUGCUCUGCUGGUCCGUGUGGUGGGCACUGUCCACCUGUGGCUACUUUCAGGUCAUCAACUACGCUCAGGGCCUGUGGGAGAUGGUGCUGCCUUCUCACAGCGCGGACGUCUACAAUGGUGCUGUGGAGGCAGCCUCAACACUCCUGGGAGCUGUUGCAGUCGUUGUUGUGGGUCACAUAAAAACAUCCUGGGCAGUGUGGGGUGAAGUGGCACUUACCCUGUUCUCCUUUCUUAUUGCUGCUGCUGUGUAUGUCAUGGACACUGUUCAUAACAUCUGGGUGUGCUAUGCAUCCUAUGUCGUCUUCAGAAUCAUCUACAUGAUGCUAAUCACAAUAGCAACGUUCCAGAUUGCUACAAAUCUCAGUGUGGAGCGGUAUGCCCUAGUGUUUGGGGUCAAUACUUUCAUUGCCUUAGCACUUCAGACUCUGCUCACUGUGAUUGUUGUGGAUGCCAGUGGGCUUGGCUUGGAUAUCUUCACCCAGUUCAUGAUUUAUGCCUCUUACUUUGCGGCCAUCUCACUGGUGUUCUUGGUCAGUUGCAUCUGCAGUAUUGUGGGAGCUUACAGAAGACAAGAACAGGCGCAAAGCAGAUCUCCUGAAAGCCAGUAGUGCACUAAGCAAAGACUCUUGGUGACUACAUAUGAAGAUUUAGGUCUGUUUUUAAUCUCUGCCUUUUCUUCCCAAGGCAAUCACCUUAAUGGUAUAUGAUCCAUAUUUAUACUAUAUUAGUAGCACAUUUUAGAAGGUAAAUAUAUUAGCUCUUACGUAAGUAAGAACAAAUAUCUUCUUUCUAAAAUGCCUUUUGUUCUUCUGUUGCAUGUAUGGGAUGUGCAGCAAAGAACAGUAAGUUCUCUCAAAGAAUGAGAACUUUGGGAGGUUUUAGUCUAACACUGUCCAUCUGCAGACAGUUUUGUGAUUGUCUGGUAACCUGCUGCUCUCUCUCAUGAGGUGCUGCUACAGGGCAGAAAUGAGGGCACACUAACAGACCUCUGUGGAGAGCCCCAGGCCUGGGAUAGGAGGUGGCCUGGGGACUGUGCUCCGCAGUGUGGCUCUCAGUGAAGCUGCCCUGUGAUGCUGGAUGCUCUGUUUUGAGGACUGGUACACUUAUGUUUCUGAAUACGCACAUGCUUCCUUGAGGAGCUUGUACUGUUUCUCCUGUUCCUGUCUGUCAUACCUGCUGCCAGAGGUUUACUUUAGCUGAUCAUGGUGCUUCCCCAAAAACAAAACUAUGUCCUGGGGCAAUUUGUAGCACUGGUGGAUGGGCUGUUAGCAGCACUACUUGUUCCACAAAGGCCUGUGCCCAGGAAGGACUGUAACUGGAGGGGAAACUUAGAGGGAGUUGAAAUAGGCAAAAUGCUAAUCCAAGGUACCCUUGAAUAACUUGGCCUUUGUCCCUUAGGGCUGCAGGUUCCUAUGAUUACAGGAGUUAUUGCCUCACAACCCACGGGCUGGACUGUUUCAGGGGUGGUGUGUGUUAGCAUAGCACUGAGAAGGACGGUAACUCACAGGAUUUUAAGCUGUUCUUUGUGCCCUUAGAGAAUUGUGGCUCUGGUGAUUAAAUUGACACCUUCAAUUGUGGUAGUUAGCAGAAUGACUGCCUGAGGCUUUGAAAAAUGAUGAUUUAUGGGUUUGUCAUUUUUCCACUGUUAUUUUAAAAUGCCUUUAUGCUUCUGGUGGGUCUCUGUCCACUAGUUCUACCUCUUCUCUUCACAUAAGCAGAACAAUGAAUGUUUAGAGUGGGCAAUUUUUUUGUUUUCUCCAGUUUUGUCCAGUUUAAACAAUCUGGGACUUGACUCAUAUCGGUUUUUAAAAAUAAUUUAUUUUUCCAAAUUGCUUCAACACUGAGGAGGAGUUUUACAGAGUUGUCCUGGGAUUGGGCACCUGGAUACUCAGGCAGCAUGACCAGCACAGCAACAAAUGCCUAUUUUCUGUGCAGGUUGUGUAAGGUUCUGUGCAGGUUCUGUGCCUGUUUCUCUGCAGGUUGUAGUAAGUUUAAGUGUACAGGAGAGCUAGCAAGGGAGAAGGUGCAAUGCAGCCUUUCCCUCUGUGCCUUCUCUGUGUGUUCGUUAGAGCUCCUUUCUUCUUUCAGCUGAAGAAGCAGCUUUGCUUCAUCACCUGCUUUUAGUGCCAAGGAGAUUUCACAGUAUUGGGGUUGGGAAGGUGUUUUCCUCCUGACUGGGAUAUUUCCCAUCACUUUCUGUGAGCCUCAGCCUUUACUACACAAGGUGCAUGAUUAAUGUGUUUGGCAUCUGCUGCCUGGGAUCCAGGGAGCCCUUCCAGGCCAGCUGCUCAGGGGAGCCCACUCCCCAGAAACUUUUCUUUCUGCAUGCUGCCUCUUGAAACAGCCCCCUAAAGAGGGGCUCAGCUGCACUGGCAUUUACACGUGUAAACUUAACUGCCUUAUCCUGAAAUCGAAACUUGAAGCCACCCAUGUAUAUAUUCCUUUCUCUGUGGUUUUUUGUUUUUUAAAAAAAUAAAAUCUGAAGCCAUGAAAUGCUAGCUGAUGAGCUGUCCUGGGACAGGGAUGGUCUGUCUUUUGAGUUCCUUGGUCUGAUGGCUGUUGGAGCAAAGCAGGGGGAAUGGGUGCACAGCACUCCUGUCAAGUGACCAAAAGGAGCAGCUCAAUUUUAAUCAUACUUUUCAUACAGAGAUCAAAUCUUUGAUGGGGAACAGCCCAGUUAUUUUAAAAGCAAGUCACAAAUUAACUAAUGACUUAGAGCAGUAUCAGUGAUUUUUGCACCAAAGUAAUGAAUCUGUGGCAACUACAAUAGAAAGGCUUGUUGGGUUGUCUAUGUCUUCAGGCCCACAAGGUAUGGAAGCCACACCUAGAUGUCAUUCAGGUUCUGAGCUCUGCUGUUGCUGUGGUGAUGAGGUGACUAUAGAGCCUGAUAGGAACUGGAUGCAGAGUUAACAGUGAUGUCUAGGAAAAUCUGUAACCAUGUGGACGUUGUUGGUUUCUAAUGAAACAGCUAUUUUUGUUAAAUAAAAAUACUCU